UAGCUUUGACCUUUAAUCAAAUCCUAAUCUAUCCGCGUUCUCCAACUCCAUCAUCGUCUCCAUUCUCCAAUGUGGGACUAUAUAUAUGCAUGCAUCUACGCAGCCAUACACAACACAAACAAGAAACACAACACACAAUCUAGCAAGCACAUACAAGGUGCUAACCGCUUAUUAAGAAGCUAAUAGCCUGCUAGCACCUGGCCGGCCGCCAGCAUGGCGCUCCUCCCUUGCAUCGCCACCCUGCUGCUCCUCUCUUGCUCCCUGGCGGCAGCGACGACGCCGCUGGGGACGAUCGAGCGCGUGACCAAGCAGCGGAUCCUCGCAAGCAUCCCGCCGGGCGGGGGCCCGCCCGUGCUGUUCCUCACGUCGCCGUCCGGCAAGUACGCGGCCUACUUCGUGCGCACGCACACCAUGCCAGGCGCCGGCGGGCUCGGCGCCGACUUCUGCUACGUCGAGGUGGUCGACAGCACCACGGCCGGCGCCCACGGCGUCGAGGGCGACGAGGAUGCCGCCGCCGCCGCCGCCGCCAGCGGGAAGAGCGUGUGGGAGUCGGAGUGCCGGCCCAUCAGCACGGUGAACACGUGCUCGCUGCUUUUCUCGUGGGACGGGCUGGAGGUGUUCGACGGCAGCGAGGAGGUGUGGCACGGCGAGACCAACAGGGACGGCACCAACUUCCUCGAGACGCUCGAGCUCGUGGAUGACGGUGACAUGCGCAUCCGCGACAAGGACGGCGAGCUCGCGUGGCGUGCCAGCGACGAGCCGCGCCACGCGCAGCACUGCGGCGCACCGGGGUCGCCGGGGCUCGGCGCCGCGCUCCCGCCUUUCGCCGAGCCCCUCGGCGCGCACAGCAGUAACCUGCCCUUUGGCCAGGAACCCGACGGCAACGGCCACUCGGCCGCCGAGCUGCCACAAGCGGCCGACCUCGGCAGCGGAGCAGCGGCCUUCGGUGGCGCCCCGGGGGUCGCCGGCCCUGAGCUCGGCCAGGGAGAGCACGACGCGGCGGCCGACGUCGGCAGCGGAGCAGCGGCCUCUGGUGGCGCCACGGGGAUGGCCGGGCCUGGGCGCGGCCAGGGAGAGCACGACGUGGCGGCCGAGGGUGGCACCGUGGCAGGAUUCGGUUCGCAGCCACUUGUGGAUAACAGUCCCUAUGACAGUGGGGCCUGGAAAGAGGGCCGUGGGGCCCAUAUCGUCGCCGUUGGCGUCGCCCUGUGCGUUUCAGCCGUGCUUGGCGCCAUGGGCGUCGGUCUCUAGAUUUGGCGUACGUUGCUGACGGUGUGUGCUGCAAUUGCUUGCAUUGGCUGCGGCGAACUGCAUUAAACAAGAGGGUGGGGUGUGUGAUGCAUGGUGUUGCAUUUGGUGAUAGUAAUUGGUGUUUGUGUUUCUUUUUCCUUCUAAAUAUAUAUGCACACGUAUGCAAUACUGCUGUUUAA